GAAAAUGAAAAACCGGGGAUGAUACGUGUGGGAGGGUCUCUCGAAUUCAAUUCCGUAAAACCAUAAAAUCUCUUCUUUUCACUUCAAUUCAUUUCUAUUCAAUUCGUUAUCCUUUUCUCAACUACAAUCUUUUGCUUUCAUCUUCAUCUUCAUCUUCAUCUUAUUAUUAUUGCUACUUAAUUUACACACCCAGAUUUAGAUUUAGAUUUAGAUUUAGAUGUACAUACACACAAAACCCUAACAAUCUUUCAUAAAAAUCUCAUCUUUUUUAGUUUAUCAGAUUCUUUGCCUUGUAUAUACAUCACCCAGAAGUCCACAACACAUAAUCCCUUUGUUGUUUUUUUUCUAAGGGAUUCGAAUUUGUUUGUUAAUAAUAAGUAUUGGGUUUUUCUGAAUUUGGAAGAAAAAAAAAGUGUUUUUUUUUAAUUAUUUUUUUAAUCAUUUAUGUGGUUGUUAUUAUGAUCGGUGCAAAAGGGGUGUUUUUAUUUUUAUUUUUUAUUUUAGUUGUUUAGUUGUGUUGAAUUGGAUUAGUUUUUGAGGUGUGUGAUGAGGAAGAUUGAUCAGAAGCAACGUGGUGGUGGUGGUGGGAACAAUGGGUUUAUACCGAGUUCGAUUCGGUCAUUUUCGAGUUAUUUGAGGAUUGUGUCGUCCGGUGCAUCCACCGUUGCGUCUACUGUUCGGUCCGCGGCUUCUACGAUUGUGGACCGGGAUGCGGAUGCAGUUCCUGAUCAGGUGCUAUGGGCCGGGUUUGACAAGUUGGAAAGCGAGGAUGGCAUUUCACGCUGCGUGCUAUUACUCGGGUAUCAAUACGGUUUCCAAGUGUGGGACGUCGAAGACGCAAACAAUGUGCGCAACAUAGUCUCAAGAUACGACGGUGCCGUUACCUUUAUGCAAAUACUGCCAAAACCAGUUGUAUCGAACUCAAACGAUCACCCUCUGCUGGUACUUUGUGCAGACCGGUCGUUUUCUGCCGGUGGAAAUGCUCGGGCUGGGCCCACCGUUUCUAGCAACGGAAACACGAAACAUAAUAACGAUCAAACAAACGGUGGCUAUGCGCCUACAGUUGUAUGGUUCUAUUCGUUCAAAUCUCAAUCGUAUAUAAAAGAAUUGAAGUUCAGAUCGGUUGUUUACUCUGUUCGAUGCAGUUCCCGCAUUGUUGCGGUUUUACAAGCAGCACAGGUACAUUGUUUCGAUGUUGCAACGCUAGAACGCGAGUACACUAUUCUCACGAAUCCGAUAGUAACGAGCUCCACGCGGUUUGAAAACAUCGGGCUAGGCCCACUUGCUAUGGGCCCGAGAUGGAUCGCUUACAGUGGCAGUAUGGUGCCAUCACCUAACACAUGUAUUAGCCCGCAACAUCUUACGCGCCCCAAAACGUCUGCCGCUUCGGGCUCAAAUGGGAGCAUUGUCGCACACUAUGCGAAACAAUCGAGCAAGCAGCUUGCUGUCGGGAUUGUUACACUCGGGGAUAUCGGUUAUAAGAAGCUUUCGAGAUAUUACUCGGAGUUUUUACCCGACGGUAAUAUUUCACAAGUCAAUGACACGGGACGGAAGGAUCUUGGAAACUCUAAUGGCCGUUUACCUGAUACAGAAAACGUCGGAAUGGUGAUUGUCAGAGAUGUUGUGAGCAAAUCGGUAAUCACGCAAUUUAAGGCGCAUGAUAGUCCGAUCGCAUCUUUAUGUUUCGAUCCCAGCGGUAUUUUACUGGUGACAGCUUCGGUUCACGGUCAUAGUUUUAACGUAUUCCGUAUCACACCGGGACCCGCAAACGGCACGUCUUACACACAUCUUUACAGGCUUCAACGUGGGUUUACAAACGCGGUCAUACAGGACAUAAGUUUUAGUGUCGAUAGCCGUUGGAUCACCAUAAGUUCGUCACGAGGAACUAGCCAUCUUUUUGCUAUAUCUCCGUCAGGGGACCCGGUUAAUAUGCAAUCCGCUGAAGAGUUUUUAACUACUAGCGAUCAAGAACGCGCUUACGAUGCCGCCAAUAAGCCGCCGGUUACGCUCUCCGCCGUCAGCAGAAUAAGAAGCGGAAACAGCGGGUGGAGAAACGUGGUGAACGGGGCGGCAGUGGCGGCAUCCGGUAGGAUGAAUUCGUGUUCCGGAGUCAUCGCAUCAACUUUCCAUAAAUGCAAGAGUAACAAUCUCGAUUCCGAUUCGGGUCACACGUUAUCGAAAUACCAUAUGCUUGUUUUUUCGUCUUCUGGUUGUGUGAUACAGUACGCGUUGCGAUUCUCAUCUGAAUUAGAUACCGUAUAUGAAUCAUCGUCACCUGAUAAUGUAUCAAAAUUAAUAGUUGAGCCGAUUCAGAAGUGGAAUGUUUGUAAUAAACAGAACCGAAGGGAACGAGAAGAAAAUAUCGACAUUUAUGGCGAAAACGCGCAUUUAGACAAUAGAAAAGUAUUCCCUGAAAGAACCGAAAAUGGAAGUGUUGAUUAUUUCGAAGGUGCGACUAAAAUCAAGAAAGAAAGUGUUGUUCUUGAGGAAAAAAACCAUGUUUAUAUUUCUGAAGCCGAAUUACAGAUGCACGCGUUUCAGACCCCGCUAUGGGCAAAACCGCAGAUUUGUUUUCAGUCUUUAACGAUAGAUGAUAUUAAUGUGGACGGGGAAGAGAAUUUAAGCGGCGAAUUGGAGAUUGAGAAGAUUUCAACUCGUACGGUUGAAGCUAAAUCUCGAUAUUUGGUUCCGGCUGUUGAUUAUCUUCAAGGACCUAAGGCUCAAAUCGCAAGAGAUCCGGCUAUAGAUAACAACAAUAACGUGGUCUAUGAACACGAGAAGCCGUUUUCACACAAGACCCACAUUGAAACAGACGGUGGACAUGACAACGGCGAUGAAGAAACCGGGGAGGAUGAUGCUGGUCAAAUGCCGGUAAAAGAUACCGAUGGCGAUGUAAAUAGUGACAGCCGUCCAAUAUCUCACACUCUCCCGGAGACUGUUGUAGAUAACAGAGAACACUCGGUGAGUGAGACCCGUUCGGAGCUUGUAAAUAGUAACAUAGGUCAGACACUUGAGAACCACUUUGAAGAUCAAGGCGCCGAGUUCGAUUAAAGGCGGGGCGUUUACGUCUAUUGAUGUUAUGGUUUCUAAUGUAAAGAACAUUGAGAGGGCUUUUUACUUGAACUUAUGGGGUUUAAGGUUUGUUGUUUUCAUGACUUGUGUAAAUAACCUAUGAAUAAUCAAUCAGUUGUAACAUGAUGUGGAUAGCAGUAUAUCCAUCCAUCAUCAUAUUCAUUUGCUUCUUUCAACAUUGUUUUUGGUCUUGAAAGAGUAUGGUUUACUAUAAGAUGUGAUGGUAUUCUCAAAGGCCUGGUAAAUAUUAAUCAAACUUCUUAUAAAAAGUUACUACA